CCCCUCAAGUCGAGUAUAAUCAAUCUUUCCUAUUAUCAUAUUUUUGUUACUUCUUUUCUACGAUUGAUCCCGUCACUUCUCUGACCUAUAUUAUUCCCCGCUAUGGCGAUUAUCACAUGCUCCCGAGACGAAACAGCACGACACGUCAAGGUCAUCCAAUCCAGUUAUCUACUUCUCACAGCUCAACAAAGCGCGACUCGCAGCCUCUCGCCACGUCGAACUAUGUUCUUACCUUAUAUUCCACCACUUUCUGCUGACCUCAAGAUAUAUAAGAAUUUGAUGGACCAUCAGAGAUACAAUUUACGCACAUGCAAGCUUAAUGUCGAAGUUGGAUUCAAGUAUGGACCAGGAUGAGGUUGAAGAAGAGGCAAAUUCAGCCCAGGCACCCUCCCCUUCGACGCUCCUACCUACGCCCAUCGCCAAUGCCGUCAGUUUAGUUACACGAUCCGGUUCUCUAUACCUACGACUUGGCACGUUCAUCGGGGGAUUGGCUCUUGACGGAGCGAGAAUUACAACUCUUACAAGUCUCGAACUGAGCCGGGCGGUCAUAGAAGGCAUCCUACAUCGAGCAGGAAGGGAUGUUGCAACUCGCAGCACUGGAGAGUUAGGCCACGCUGAAGCAGAAGGAUUGUUGGAACGAAGUAUUGGAACUCUCCAUUCCACCAUCACAAGCAUCUCUUUCGCAGCCUCGACCGGGUUCCACUUCUCCUCGACCAUCUUAAGCUCUGCCAACGAUCUAUCCCAACAACUUCUAGUCACACUUGACAGCAUACUUGGAAGUACAGAUUCUAGCAGAGCUAUUGCGAGCAUUAUCACACUCAUACGUCGAGAGUUCCAAAAUCCUGCGACAGGGAAAGAAGGAGAAAAGGUUAGCGUUGCGGACCUUCUCGUUGGGAUAUGCGGACUGGCACUAUUGCAAAGAUGGUGCAAGAAGAUCAUCGAUGAAGAGUGUCGAGAGAAGAAGUAUGAAGAAGUAGUUUGGGAUGUGGUGAUUUUGGAUGAUGGCCGAAGAGCAGAUGUUGUUGGCAGCGAAGCAAAUCAGAAAGCGCUGACAAGGGCGAACUCCAUAUCCUUCAUGACCACAAAUGGAAACGAGUUGGUACAGACGAUUCAAAGGGACGGGCGAGUAAGCGAUGAUUCUGAAGAUGAUCUGCCAGAAAUCAAUCUCAAGCAGAAGAUCAUGAGAUCUUUACCUACAGAUGCUUCUGUUUCUAUCACCACAGAGACAACGACGACAAAGACGAUCACUGUCGAGAUCACUGGGACACAGCCUCCUGAUCUAUCUCCGCCUCCAGGUGUUGAGAUCGUGGAGGAGACCUCCCAAAGUGCAGGAAAUUCCAACGUUAGUGGAAAGGUGCUGUCCAAUGAGGAGAAAAUUGCCCUUUUGAUCCCCCGGUAUCGAGUGGUCUAUCGUAUUAUUCGGAAUCGACUUCGUGGCACAGAUAUGGAGUCUCAGACCAUCGAGUUCCCAGAAGAAGCCAUUGUCAGUGAAGAGGAGAAGGAUGCAGCAGCCACAACGCCUGUCAAAAGUCCAGGCUUCAUCAUUUCUCCCAUCUCGUCUCCAGACUCGGAGCAUCCUCCUUCACCACCAGAGAAGGACGGCCGGUUCGCUUCAAGCACUAAUGUCAAUCCAUCUGCUCUACCGGACUCUGGUGACGAGAAGCCUUCAGCGAUACCACGACCCAAAAGUACCGACGUGACAGCGAAUCAAAAACGAUCAAGGAAGCCAAUGAGUUCUUCGAGUUCCAUCAGCGGUGAUUUUCCUCCACCGAAGAAAGUGGCUACGAAAUCGCCUCCAGUAAAGAAAGCAAAACCAGAUAGGCCAUUGAUCAAACCUUCAGACAAGAAGGGAUCAUUCCGGAACGCUCUACGGAAAGGAUCUGAGAAGACUCUUUCCACUUUAUGGAACAAAGAUCAUCCAGAAUCGAAAUCCUCCCAGCAGAAACCUCAAUGGGGAGUGGGAAACUUACCUCCCUCGGCGCCGAAGUCGAAUAUCCCAGUACCACAACGAAACUCGAGUAUUGUUCCAGCUCGGGAUGCCCCACGUCCGCCACAACGAGGAAAUCCGAAUUACUUCUCCUCUCGCGAUUUGGGUCUCAUGCAGAGCGACCUUCCGAGAAGCCCAUCUAGAGCAAGCUAUUACUCUGUACACGAAAGGCGUCGAGACUCGCUGGUAUCACAAACUGAUACCUAUUCCAUCCAUUCGGCAGAGACUAGGCCUGGUUCGCCAACUGCUUUUAGAACCCAUCUCCGAACACAAAGUAACAUGCUGCGAGCAAGGUCAGAGAAGAGCAUGGCAAAGCAACAACCAGGCUCUCCUGUCAAGCAUCACCGACGAUCGAAAAGCUUUGUGCCUAGCAUCUACACUCUCAAGACCAAUAACUCAAAUACCUCAUUGGUUGUUGCAGAUCAACCGCGACGGAGCGCCUUUCAGGACUCAGAGACUCUGGAUCAUCUCAUGCGCACCCGAUUCGUCGCUGGUCUGUUUCCUCAGAACCAUAUAGUUCGAAAUAUUACCAGAUUUGUUCGCUUUGCCUCUGCUUCAUACGGUGCAAGCUUCUUACGAAUCAUGGGCAUCACUAGCUCUAAAACAUCGACCAGCAAAGAAAUUGAUACACUGCAUCAUCACGAACACCACUCAUUUUCAACGCAUACUCAGCUACCAGCUGAUACCAUUCUCCUGUCUUCAUUCGUCGAUCCCCAAGGAGGAACCGAUUCCACUGGAAACACAAAUACAGGUGUGCCAAUGGUACACUUUGUCUCACUGGAUCAUGAUUCUAAAGCCGUUGUGCUCACCUGUCGAGGCACCCUAGGGUUUGAGGACAUCCUCACAGAUCUUACCUGCGACUACGAUGAACUUACAUAUCGUGGUAAGACUUACAAAGUGCACAAAGGAUUUCAUGCUUCAGCUCGGCGGCUGUUGGAAGGAGGCGGUGGACGAGUUAUGACUACCAUCGCUGCCGCAUUGGAAGAGUUUCCUGAUUAUGGCCUCGUGCUAUGUGGGCAUUCUCUUGGUGGCGCUGUGACUGCUCUCCUGGCAACAUUGAUAUCCGAACCUUCUUCAGAUCCAAUGAGCAGUGCAUUCUUCACGUCGUCCGAACAAGCUUCGCCACAACUCCUGCUCACAUCAUCAGAGGAGGUCAAAAGUUCAGCACCAUCAUGGGUCCAUCUUCCAGCAGGCAGGCCAAUCCACGUUUAUGCCUAUGGCCCUCCUUCGACGAUGUCUCCUUCCCUUCGACUUGCUACUCGGGGGUUAAUUACAACCGUUGUCAAUGGACAAGACCUUGUUCCAUACCUUUCUCUUGGGGUCCUCCACGACCUCCAAGCAGUAGCAUUGGCAUUCAAGACCGACGACUCUGGUGCAAAGGGCGAAGUUCGAAAGAGAGUAUGGGCAGGUAUCACAGGCACAUUUGCCGAUAAAUGGUACAGUAACCGUCCGCCCGCUAUGCACGAUGAUGAGGAUGAUCAAUGGGCAUACUCGGCUUUAAAGACUCUGAGGGCAAGUAUGUUGAGCGCCAAGCUAUUACCACCUGGCGAGGUGUUUGUUGUGGAAGCAAUGCCUGUACUACAACGGGACGCAUUUGUAAGAAGUGAAAAUGAAGGAAGGGGGCUUGGCAGACCAGCAACGAGAAGUGUGUUGAAAUAUGUUCGAGAUGUAGAGAAGACUUUCUCUGAAGUAACAUUUGGAGGUAGUAUGUUGCUUGAUCAUAGUCCUGGGCGUUAUGAGGCGAGUCUCGGGGCUUUGAAAAAGGGGGUCUUGGGAUAGAAUGGGACAUAUUUGUAGAUGUUUCCUUUCAAAUAUUGACAAAUAUAUGUUUUCCUCGCCGACCCCGCGCAAUGCAGUGAGUCAGUGAUCAGUUGGAUGCCACGAUUCAGGCCAAGCACAUCCGUCGACAAAGACUGGGCAAGCACAAAGUCCGAGGAAAGUUGGUCCUUGGAGAACGAAUGGAUAGUCUGCAAUGCUCUGUCCAAUUUGCAACUCUUCGUGCUUUCCUGAAUUAUUCCCUCAAGAUCCCUCACCAAUGCGAAGGUCCAAACGUUCCAUUCGC